AUGAGUGCAGAAAGCGAUGUUGUUAUCAAGGAUCAGUAUAUCGGCGCCGAUCAACAAACAAACUCCAACAGGGUGUACAUGCCAGAAAUGGUUGAAAAGCUGGCGAGGAUGAGGACUCGGCGAUAUCUGACGCCGUUCAAUGCUGAUACUUACGCCUGGUACACGGUUGAGAGUUUCUUCACGGCUAUUUAUGGACAGCCACCCAAUGGAGAGUUAACAGGCCGCGACGACGAAGAUCCCACCACAACUAGCUCUGCUGCUCCCGAACCCCAGCCUACCGAGCAGCCUACCACGUACGACUGCAAGGGCAGCGGAAUAUGUAGUCUCAGUACCUUCCAAGUCAAGUACUGUGACCAUGCCAUCAACUCUCUGAUCCGCAACGACGACAAGAACUACGGCGAUGGUAAGGCUCUCAGUGGCAACUGCUGGGGUGAUUCAACUGGUAACGGAUGCGGCGUCUUUGUUACGGGCAAGGGAUGUGUUAUGAGCGGUAAUGAGAUGUGGUGGAAGUAUCAGGACUUGAGGGAUGACAACAAGGGAGGAUGUAGCAAGUGUGGAAGUGUGCAUUAUGGUGAUGGUUGUCGGUUUACUGUCAAUUAUCAGACCAACUGUGAUAACAGAUAA